AGAAAAUCACAGUAUUCUAAUUUUCUGAGACAGUCCUGUAUCGUCUCAAAACAAAUUGAAAAAAAUCAUCUACUGUGCGCGUCAAAUUUCCCACGGGAUCGUGAAGGCAGCGCGGCCUCCCAUUGGUCGGUCCAGCUGUCGCUCAGCGCGUGUUUUCCCUCCCACGUGGUGACGUUCCCCUCACCAAAGUAACCAGGCCAGUCUGUUACGCACACAAAAGACACAACAAAAAGCCCGAGUCGGGAACCAUGAGAUCCGCCAGCACCGGACGGAGACCGCAACAAGUUCCCAUCUGACGGAGCCGCUCGGGGACCGGGUCCCGGGACCAGACAGGACUGACCCAACUCCACAGAGCAGCAACAGCUGACGGAACACAGAGGAAAUCAUCCUCUGGUUCUGGUUCUGGGGCUCCGCCGAGCUGCGCUCUGGUCCGAGCCGACCCAGGUGGCCUGAUUUUCUCCUGUGGUGUCUGUGUGGAGCGUCCCACACACCCACUCCACAACAACGACGGCUUUUGCUUGCAUCUUCCAGUGUUUCUUCUGUCAGCAAGUCCAGCAGAGCUGCAACUCGUCCAGUGCCAGCCCUGACACCAGCGAGGAGCCCCGCCCCACUGACAUGGUAAAGAUGACCAAGUCCAAGACCUUCCAGGCUUACCUGCCGUCCUGCCACCGCACCUACAGCUGCAUCCACUGCCGCGCACAUCUGGCCAACCACGACGAGCUCAUCUCAAAGUCAUUUCAAGGCAGUCAAGGAAGAGCCUACCUGUUUAAUUCUGUGGUGAACGUCGGCUGCGGGCCAGCCGAGGAGCGGGUCCUCCUCACAGGUUUACACGCCGUGGCUGACAUCUACUGUGAAAACUGUAAAACCACCCUGGGCUGGAAAUAUGAACACGCGUUCGAGAGCAGCCAAAAGUACAAAGAGGGAAAGUUCAUCAUCGAGCUGGCUCACAUGAUCAAGGACAACGGAUGGGAGUGACACCCUGGCCCCCCCCCACCCCCCGGGUUUUUUCUGACCUUGGAAUGCUCUUUAUUGAACUGCGCAGAGCAACGACCAUCGACCACACAGUCCCUCCACCCCCACGUCCCUCCCCUUCCACCUCAGCACCCGCUCCCUUUAAAACAAAGAAGAAGAAAAGUGACCCCGGCACCCCCCGGCCUCCUCCACGCCAUCUCAUCCACCUUCUCAUCGUGAACUCGGUCAAGACGGAUGGCGUCCGGAGCGUGCAGCCGCGGGCCUCGUGCCACUGCUCUCGAAGAUCGAGCUUUCCCCGUCGCAGCUCGCAGGGUUCAACACCACCCCGCCUUCGGCCCACUCAUACACGCCCACAGGUGACCCCACAGGUGACCCUGGGGAUUUGGAGACGACUGUGGGAGGAGACAGACUUCACUUUGUUACGCUCAUUGAGCGACUUCUGUGACUUUAAUUUUCUUUUUCUGUCAUAUAUAUAAAUAUAUAUAUAUAUAUUUUUUUUUUUAUGUCAUUUUGCCAUAGUUUUAACUUCUGGGUUUGGUGAAGCUCCGGUUUGAUCGCAGAUAGAUGUUACUGGUUAGCAUUUUACUUUACUUUUUACUGGCUUGACGUCUCUCUGACUGUAGCUGAGCACGCUUUUCUUAGCUAAUGUCCAAAUGAGCAAUCAGGGAAGGGAGAGGAGAGGAGGGGAUGGGGAUCUUAUCCUAGUAACAAAUAUGUAGCAGCAUUUUGCUUCUUUUCUUUCUUUCUUUUUUUUUGUAAGUGGUAAAGGAAUCGAUUGCAGUAAUGUGGGAUUUUAUAUACGUGACGUUUCCUUCUGUUUUAAUCAUUUCUCUCAUGUGACGUUUUCUCUCUUUCUCCCUUUCCGGUACUUUUCAGCACCCAAAACGCGUCGAGAGCAGCACCUCGUAUUUGUUUGACACAAAUGGUUAUAUGAAUAUAGAUAUAAAUAUAAAUGCAUAUAUGACUAUAUAGACGUAUACAUAUUUGUAGUGUAUGGCUAAGUGCGAUUGUGGCUGGUCCCAUUUUGCAGCAGCACAAACAAAAAAAAAAAAGUUAAAGAGACAUGAAAAGGAAGAGAAAUGUAGUUUGUAGAGCGGCGAGCCCGACAGAGUCCACGUGUGAUAUCCCAUUGUCAAGUAAUGAAACAAUGAGACACAGCUACAUAUGACUAUAAAUACACAUGCGAUGAUUACAUAUCCAUUAAUACUAUGAUAUUGUUCGUAGUACGUAGAUAUUGGAACAUGGUUUCUAUAUUAUGUGUAUAUUUGCUGUCAUGCACAUAUGUAUAUAUGCAUAUCAACUGUGUGUAUAUAUGCAUUGUGUGUGUGUGGUCACGCAUUACACAGCGGCAUACUUGAACAACGCAGAUUCAGUUGCACUUUGUGGAGGCCUUUGGUUCACGUCAGUUUAAAGGCAAAAACGUGGUUCCCCCCACUCCCCCCCAGGUCUGUGUUUUAAUGCCGAUCCACUAGAUCUGUUGGUGUAAGACGAGCAGAACGGAGCAUUUCCAGGACUUUUUUCUUUAAAGCCACUUUACGUAUGGAUGCCACUUCUGGCCGCAAGGGGGCAGCACGUCGCAUGACGACCCCCGUCUAAAGACACGAUGACGUGCGUCUCUAGUGGUACAGAGACAUGCCGGACCAUCCCCGCUCAGCAGUGCAGUAAACUCCAGAUCCAUCUGCCCCCUAGUGGUCAGAGGUGGCGUUGCUGGUGAUGCUCCGGUGCUCUGUUAGGACCUCACCGCUCCCUCCUGCUGUUCUGGUUCUGCACGGCCCUGGGUCUCCCUUCGCACAGGAACCAUCUUGCGUUUUGCCUCUAAGCCGAACGAAUCUUGUGCCUCUUCAAAAUAUGAAUGGCCUCCCCCUAUUUUAUGUUAUUGUUUUUAACACCCCUGCUGUGCAGCGCAUAACUGAAAAGAACUUCAUCUGAACCGAUGUGUCUUGUGGUUCAAAGUGGCUCCUUUUAAAGCAGCAAAGAGGAGCCUUUCGGGUUAAAUGAGCAGGAACAUGAUGGUGCGAGCUGACUCCGCACAUUAUUUUCAACUGGGGUUAAAAUACCUUCAUCUCCCUCCGUAAAGUUUGACAUCUUAACAUGGGGCGGGUGGAGUCAGCCCCUAGAGGGCGUUAAAGGAACUGUACCUCCAGAUAGAUCAUCUGCACCUCCAGGGAGCUAGAAACUGCAGAAGCUCCUUUGUGCUGCUUUAAAACGCCACUCUUCACCAAAACCCCCAGAGAGCUCUGCCCAUUUUCUAUUUUUCUUUUCUUGGAUAACAAAAACUUAGUAUACAUAUACAUGCAUAUAUUUUCUACAAUAAGAUUUAGAGGUGCAAACAUAGAUGGAUAUCCAGUAUAUUAUUUCUCAGAGUAGAUGUAGAGGAACACGCAGGACGCCUGGGGCCCGGUGGCCCCGCCGAGGGCUGGCGGGACACUUCGACAGACCUCGGCGGGUGAAGGCGGGGGGAGAGUGGGACGGGAGAGAUUUAAACAAAUCUGCAGUGAUUGAUUACUUUGCCGGCAAGGUCAGUCAGAUCACGUGACCUUUUAUCCUUAAAAGAAAAAAAAAAAAGAGAAACAAUGACAAUGCAAACCCUUAAAAGUCAGCGAUGAUACUGUACCUACUUGAAAAUAUAAAUACAGAAACAGCUGAGACGUUGGCCCUCGAUAGUUUUUGUACAUAAAGUAACAUAUUUAAGGUUUUAUAUGUAUUUCUACUGGGUUAGUUGUUUUACUUCCCCAACUUGAAGCACUUUUGUUCACUGUACCUCUGACUGUGUGUGUGUGUGUGUGUGUGUGUGUGAGAGAGUUUGUGUCAGCCCACAUGCACGGCUGCACACUAAAGUGAAUGUUAACUUUCUCUUCCUCAGUUUUCUCUUUUUCUUCUCCUUUGUUUAUUAUCUUGUUCGCAGCUGCUUGGUUUCACCGUCGCUCCCGCUGAUCUGAGGUCGAGCUGAGUUUGAUUGGAGCUGAUUUAUCCCUGUUUUUGUUUCAUUUCUCUUUUCUUUUUUUGUCCCGUUAGCCUGUUUAUUUAGCUCGUGUGGUGAGAGCCCGUUAGAGGGCCGGCGUUUGGGUCUCUGCUGGGCCGCGUAGACAUUCGGGGCGAGCUGGAAUCUCCCAUCAUGUCGCAGGGAGAGCCUUUACCGAGACCCUUUCGCCAUCGCAGUCCGCGUCUCCCACGUCCAGGACUUUCAGGUGAUGAGACGCGCCCGUGGCGGCCAUGUUGGAGGCCUUCAGUUGUUUGGCAACGCUGGCUGUUAAUACUUGAUUGUAUUUCUUGAACGUAUUCACGUUUUUGCUGGACUCGUCCAUAAAUAAACUGUUACUUCCCUCCUUUCCUCGAUGUGGUGUCGGUUUGGUGAUCUUUAGACCCUAGACGCUCCCGGCAGGUCAAACGAGGCCCGUUGUAUUUCAAAGAUGCCUCUGCAGCCCCGUUCCCGUCAGCUGUCGUGGUGAAGAGCGGCUCGGCUCGAGUUAGACUCUGCAGCGCUCCACGCUGAUCUAACCGCAGGGUGUGUUUGGUGCUGGUUCUCCAGCCAGCUGUGCACGUGGAGCUCCGCAGCAGUUUAACCACAAACACCUUUUAUUCUAAGUUACUGAGCGCGUUGGCUUGAACGGGAACGACCACAGAGUCCUCGUGGGGGUGUUGUGUCAGCGGAAAGCUGCUGACGAGGACCAUCUGGACUUGGGGGCCCCGCCGGGCCCUCAAGUCCUCCCGAAGACUCAUUACCGAGGGUUGAUGAAGCUUUUAUCUGGGAUGAAAGGUUCAUCAACACGUCUGAUUGGAUCAACACAACUGGGAGCUAAAUGUGGAGGCAGAUCUACGUUAUCCAACCGUUAACGUCCGCUUGAAUCACUCCUGAGCGCACAUCCUAUACCCCCCCGUUUCGUGCACACAGCCAGCUUGUCCACAAGGGCCUCCAACACGGCUCCGUCAGCGGUCGUCUGGAGACGGGCGACCCGGCCGCAGAGGUCCAAACUCUCCCUUCGGUCGGUCGACAAAAAAGCAGCCGCCAGUGUCGCUGCGGCGCGUACCAAAUACGAAACAGGUUAGGGCUUCGGCGCCGCGUUGACGGUGGACGGGAGACCAGUGUCUCCCUCAGACUCACCCGCUAUACCAAAAUCACAGAGAAGAAAGCCCGUCGCCGUGACGACACCUUUCUGUGGAAUGUCUCGAUUCUCUGAACAAAACAUACAAACAAAAAACGGCGUCAAAGCAGCCUGGAUGAAAAAUGUAGAUAUUUGCUGCUGAAAACUGUUUACUUUUUACUGUCGUUCUGUUUUCUUGUGACACUGGCUACCGACUUUUUGAGCUCUGUUAGCGUCUAAAUCGCACCUGAAAGGAUUAAAGGCAGGAUGGGUAAACGAGGGGAAAAGACCGCACAAGUUCUUUUCUUGAGACUGUUAAAACUACAGUUUAGGGUCUGAAGCAUGUUGUAUUUAUAAUGGCUGUUUGUUGUGCCUGUUUUCUUUUUGUUUUUCCUCAGUUUCAAAUGAAUAUUAUAUGCUUUUUAUUUAACUACAUUGCUUUGCAUUCUGUCUUAGUAAAGCCAUGUCACAUGUCUAAUUUCACUCCGAUGUAAACUAUCAGAUAUCACAAUAAAUUUUCAAUGGCAUCAGGCUGUUUAUCGU